UAGCUUUUGUACUAGUUUUAUUGCUUUUAGAAGCGCUUGGCCUGCAUUUGACAGCCUUGCGCUGCUGUGACAGCGCACCGGGAGGCAUGCUGAGCCAGCGGCUCCUUCCAGCUGCCCCAACACCAUCUGCUGCAGCAAAGGCCCUGCUGGAGCCCGUGGUCGAAGGGAUUCGCCUUGGUGGCCUUGUGGAAAUACACAGCUUAUCGGGUGUCGAGCUGCAGGCGUUCAGCGAAGAUGUGAACGGCUCCGUUGGUCAGGCGGUCAGCUUUGACAGCGGUUCUGGCAAGUUCCAUGUGUACCUCAGCUGCGGGGCAGCCGGCCAUUUCAGUCCACACAACGUCCGACCAGCAGAGGCUCCCAAGAGGCCAGGCGAAGGAGGUGCUUUGGACAGCUUUGAUGUCCUUGUCGGCCCUCGGACGGAUGGCAAGAUUUUGGGUGGCGAGAUCUCCACUUGCCUCAUGGAGAAAGGCUUUUGCGUAUUGCGAAUAUGCCAGAGCGCACGUCUCGCCAAUCAGUCUUGGACACGAAUGAAGGACAUGAGCGAAACACAAAGGUUGUCGCGCUUCCCUGAAGAAGUGGAACAAGGAUACUUGGGCUUUGGUUGCCGCGGCAAGGUAGCUUGGCUGGACACCGCUGGAGAGCUAGACCAGGAUUCAGCCAUACAGAGCAACAAUGCGAACCUUUCUUAUCUUGCGCAGUCCAUUCAGCCUUAUGCGGGUGACGUGCUGGACGGCCAGCUGGACUCGCGAACUCCUGGACUGGUCUGCCUUACCAUCGACGGUUCUGGUGAUGCGGACUGCCCGUGUCCAGAGGCGACUGAUGAGUCCUUGGGUGUUUUUCUGCAAACCUGGAGGCGAACUUUGGGCAGGGCUGUGCAUUUCAUGGGGCCUUAUCCUGCCGACGUGGAGCUCGACGCGAAGGAGACUGUGAAGGCCACAAAGGUUCCAACUCUGAGGGAAAACGUGAAAAUCCGAGCUGUGCCCAACACAAUUCUGCUGUUUCGUCCAGACGUCUAUGACUACACUUGUGCUGCACCAAAGAACACGCUGAUGCUCAUCACUAACUACUUGGCUGCAGUUCCUGACAUGGUAUUUGGAAACAUACAAGGUGACACAGACUGGCUUUUGAAGGAAGAGGGCCCUCCUCCACCAGCUGGGGAGGAGCACAUUCAUGUUGUCAACUCGGUCACCCGGCUUCCUGGGAAUGCUGACAGUCAGUGGCACAACUGGUCAGGGCUGCGAGCUGGCAACGACACCAUUGUACAAGUUCCCAUCACUCGCUGGGAUGUCAACGUAUAUUGGACCCCAGAUGAAAAUGUCUUUGAGCCUUGGCAAACCACGACUCGGCACCAGUCACUUUGCGAGGGGGCUGAGUUUUUUGACAACCGGUACUUUGAGAUCUCCAACAAUGAGGCAAACGGCAUGGAUCCUGUGCAACGACUGGUCCUGGAAUGUGGUGCCCAAAGCAUGGCGAUGGUUGGACUGACCAAGAAGGAGUGCAAUCGCAAAUCGACGCAUGCUGGAUUCUGUGUGGGCAACGACAAGCUGGAUUGGAUGACGUGUGAGAAGGAAGUCACACCUUCCGGCACUGGAACGGUCCUUGCAAUCAUUGCCAAUCGAUUCAGCUUCGUCUUCAACCUGAAAGGGCCGAACUUUGUCUGCGAUACAGCGUGUUCGGCCUCUUUGACAUCCACGCACUGUGCCAGAUUUAUGAUCAGCAAUCGUCAGUUUGAUCCGCUGGAUUUUUUCAUUUCCAUGGGUGCCCACUUGUGCCUGUCGCCGGGCCCGUUCAUUGGAUGUUCGCAGUCCCACAUGUCCAGCCCAAAGGGGCGAUGCUUCACUUUCAACUCCUCCGCUGAUGGCUACUUGCGCGGCGAAGGUGUCAGCGGCUUCAUGAUGAAAUGGGGAGCUUUCACGCCGGAGCAAAGCAUGUCCAUUCUUCGCUCCACUGCGUGCGGGCAGGAUGGUCGCAGUGCGUCUCUGACGGCUCCAAAUGGUCCUGCUCAAGAGGAAAUGGUGACAAGAGCCAUCAAGGAAGCCUUGAUGACUCCGCCGGAAUCCACUGCAUGGGAGUGCCACGGCACUGGCACAUCCCUGGGCGAUCCCAUCGAGGUUGGGGCAGUUCGCAAAGUGCAGAUCAGAAAGCCUCGCACAGAGCCGUUGAUGAUUGGCUCUGCAAAAACAAAUAUUGGCCACUUGGAAGGUGGUGCGGCUAUGGGCGGCAUAGUCAAGUGCAUCAUGCAAUGCAGACAGGCAAAGUGUGCACCUACUCAGCACUUGAGGACAUUGAAUCCACAUUUGGAGCACACCACUUUCGACGCGCAUUUUGAGACCGAACCCUUGGCAUUUGCCACCAACCAAGGAAACUCACAGGUUUCCUCAUUCGGCUUCGGAGGGACGAACGCUCAUGGAGUGUUCUGGGGCCAGAACGUGUCCAUCAAGGAGGAUGUCGAGAAAGUGUGGAUGAAGAAGCUACUUUCAAGGCCGCCGCCAGAAGUGCGUCCGAUGGGCCUCGACUUUGACAAGUGGGAGGCAGACUUCCCGGACACGCGGAUGGUGCGCAAAGGAGCCAAGUUUAGCCUUAGCAUGGGUCCAGAUGAAGGCAAUGAGCCUCUCAGGUGGGAUGUGGUGGAUGAAAGCCGAGAAAUCGAAGUGGAUGAUGCGGAAGCAACCUACGCAAUUACUGGCAAUUUCAACAAUUGGGACGACGAGGAGGCUGUGCCAAUGGAAGAUGGUGAGGUUCCUGGAGUUCACAGGACCACCCUCCAGGUACCCGCGGGAGGUGAACUGCAUUUCCAUCUCCUAAAGGGUGGAGAUGCCAAACAGGUUGUUGGUCCUGAGACAGAUGACUGCUUGAAAAAGGGCGCGCGAAUUGUGGGGCCGCAGCAGAACUUCAAGAACAAGUGGGUGGUGCAGGCUCCUGAAGGCAAGGAAGUCCGCAUCGAAUUCUUCAGCCGUGGAGGUCAGCAUCUCAUACCGGAGCAAUGCUGUCCGAGCUUGAUGAAUCAUGGCAAAUAUUUGUAAUAGAAUACUUGUCACUUGCUCUCUCUGCUAGAUUGUGAAAGACUUGCUGUGCAUGACUCUGUGCCGGGUCAGCUCCUCUUGUGACUCUUUGCUGCUUUUGCGUUUGACGGCCUGAGUUACUUAGAAGCCAGUCCAUUCAGGUCGGCGCUCUAUUCUUUGGAUUGUAUCACGAGAAGGUGCCAUGCCUUUGGAGACUGGCGAUGAUGAGUGAGAAUCGAUAAUGUCAUUGGACAUGCAGCGCCAGCGGAC